UCCUCUCUGGAAACUACUCUGACUUCAGCAACAAACAGCAGUUCUGCUACCAUGAAGCCUUAGCAAUGGAAACUUUUAAUCACAAUACACCUCACCGUUUUCCUUAAGAGGUAUUAAAGGUGUACUCGAUGGCUUAUUUCAUCAGCUUUUUACAUUUUAAGGCAUGUUAAGUAACCAGGAUCCAUUUUUACACGUAUACUUCAGGUCAGAAACCCUCCUUCCUAAAUAAGCUCCAGACUCCAGCGCGGCAUCUUGGCGCAGGCUGCUCGGGGCAGGGCUGUGCCCCGGCGCUCACACCGAAGCUCCGCACCGCCAGGGCCACGGUUGGCUCGGGGGGAAGCGGGCAGAGGGGUAGGAUUUUCAGCCACAGGUCCCAGCCGCUUUGGAGAGCCGUAACCCCUUGCUGGGACCCCCAAGGCCCGAAGGAACAGGCCCGCUGAGCACCACCGGCCGAGCGAGGAACGGUAUCCCAACGGAAGCUUCGAGGCCAUCUCGGAUCUGCCGGUGCCGUGAAUGCAGCCCUGCCCGCGACCAGGCUGCCUCCUAUGAGGUGCUCAAGGUCCCCGUGCUCCCCCGGCGGUGACACCUGCUGAAGGUCACCCCAAUUCCCGGCACGUCUGGCCUCGGCCACAGCAGCUGUCCACCCCUGCCCUCCUCGGGCACCGCGCCCGGCGGUGGGGGAGUGCGGGACCUCGGCUGGGGUCGGCUUUUGGCUCCCGGUGGUACGGGCGGGGCGCGGUGGCGGCUUCCGGCUGCCCCGGGGAGGCAGCGAAGCGCCGAAGCUUCCACAAGCCGUCCCGGGCUCACCCCUUUCCUCCGCGCCGGGGCGGUCACAUGAGCGGCCGUCGGCGGGCAGGGCGCUCCCGGCACUGCCGACAUGGAGCUGCGGGGGGGACGUGUCGCCCGCCUGGCGCUCAGCCUGGUGCUGCUCUGCUCCGCGCUGGAGGCGGUGCCGGCCGGCCCGCGGCCCCGCUCUGCCGUCGGGCAGUUCUGGCAUAUAUCUGAUCUACAUUUAGAUCCGACUUACCACAUUACCCCUGAUCGCACCAAAGUUUGUUCUUCUUCCAAAGGAGCCAAUGCAUCCAACCCCGGCCCUUUUGGAGACUUCUUGUGUGAUUCUCCAUAUCAGCUUAUUUUGUCAGCAUUUGAAUUCAUGAAAGAUUCAAAACAGGAGGUUUCAUUCAUGAUUUGGACAGGAGAUAGCCCUCCUCAUGUUCCUGUAAAAGAACUCUCUACAAAGUUGGUCAUUAGCAUUAUUGGCAAUAUGACUUCUACAAUUCGUAAUUUCUUUCCAGAUCUUCAGGUUUUCCCUGCCUUGGGCAAUCAUGACUACUGGCCACAGGAUCAGCUUCCUGUAACUACCAGUGAAGUUUACAAUGCUGUAGCAAAUUUCUGGAAUCCUUGGCUAACAGAUGAAGCAAUCAAUACCUUCAGAAAAGGUGGCUUCUACACGCAGCUGUUUGAAUCCAGCGAUAGCUCUCAACCACUCAGGAUAAUCAGUCUGAACACAAAUUUAUAUUACAGCCCCAACAAUGUAACUGUGAAUAUCACUGACCCAGCCGAUCAGUUUGCCUGGCUGGAGGGAAUACUAGAAACCUCUUCACAAAACAAGGAAAAGGUAUAUAUAAUAGGACAUGUACCAAUAGGAUACUUGCCAUAUGCAAGGAAUACUACAGCUAUCAGGGAGUACUACAAUGAGAGACUGGUAAAGAUUUUUCGCAAAUACAGUAGUGUAAUUGCGGGGCAGUUUUUUGGACAUACACAUAGAGAUAGUAUCAUGGUCCUCCUGGAUGAAGAAGAAAAGCCAGUAAAUUCUUUGUUUGUGGCACCUGCUGUAACCCCAGUGAAGAGUAUAUGGCAAAUGGAGUCCAAUAACCCUGGUGUUAGAUUUUAUCAAUAUGAUGUUCUUGAUUAUAGCUUGCUGGAUCUUUGGCAGUUUUACUUGGACCUCAGAGAUGCUAACAAGAAAAAUGAAUCAAACUGGAAAUUAGAAUAUAUUCUGACUAAAGCUUAUGGCAUUGAAGACCUGAAGCCAGAAAGCCUGUAUGAAAUGGCCAAGCAGUUGUCUGUGCCACACAGCACACUGUUUGAGCAGUAUUACAGUAACUUCAUUGUGAGUUAUGACAAAACCAUUGUCUGUGAAGAGGGGUGCAAGACCUGCCAAAUAUGUGCAAUCCGGUAUUUGGAUUACUCCUCAUACACAGAUUGUAUCAAUCGGGAAGCAGUGUGGAGAUGAAGUCUGUGUGCAGUUUAUGCUGAUAUAGUGAUUUUAGCCUGUGAUUUAAAGAACCUGCUCAUCCUUUCAUUCAAGCACUGGGAGCCUGUGGGACUUCUCUGAAUUUCAGGAAAGCAGUAAAUCUCCCUAGAUCUUUCUUCUCUUAAACAUGUUUUCCUUCCACAUCUAAAUAAAAGUGUAUUGGCUAUGUAAUAUUGGUGAGAUACUUUGCUGUUGUUUCAAGUGUCCUGUACCCUCUAUAACAGCCAUCCCAGUAUGUGGUAAUAGAAGUUACUCACUCAGAUUUUAGAAAUCCAAGUCUCUUUUCUCAGGAUGUGUAAACGUAGGCAAUGCCAUUUCAGGCAUGGGAUUUGUACGGGGGCAGGUUUCAACCAUCUGCUGUCACAAUUUGCAAACUGAAAUCUGCAAAACCUGCAUUUGCUGAAACUGGAGUGCAUUUAUAUUGUUGAUGUGAUGCCAAUAUUAGGUGUCUCCCUGUGCCAAGUUUCCUUUUCCUUCUUAACCCCUUAAACCCAACUCUGCUUAGGGGCAUUUUCUAAUGACAGCAUAGAAGUGACUCAGUGGAACACAAACCUCCAUCCUGUGAAUAGUUCAUACAUUUUGUCAGAAUGUGUGUGUUUGACCAGCACAAAGUGUUUUCUUCUUAUGACAGAGCUGUGUACACUGGUACUGUUAUCAAGCAGUCUCCUGGUAUGGUAUUUUACAGCAGACCUUAAAUCAGGUUUAAAUUGAUCAACAUCACUAAGUAGACAUAGCAUAUACAUUCUCUUUGCAGCACAGGUAAACAUGCACUUGUCAUGUUUCUCAGUUUUUUUCGUAAAGCAGUCUCAUACUUAGUGUGAUUAUUGCAUGUGUGAAUUUACAAAGACAAAUCCAAUUGCUGUUUAUUUUCGUGUGAUUAAAGCCUUUACUGUA